GUUUUGCUAUUUUAGAAACGAGCCAGGGUUCGACAAGAUAACUUGAGCCUUGCAAACGUCACCACAGACACUGCAAUCGAAACCAUUCCAAACAAAUGGAAAACAAAUCGACAUGAGACGGUGAAAGUCAAGUAAUAAUCAUAAUGUACACACUCUUCUCGGGCCUCUACAAGUCCUUAACGGAGAAGGAGGAGUUCUUCGUCCUCAUUUUGGGCUUGGACAAUGCGGGCAAGACCACUUUCUUAGAAGCCGCCAAAGCCAAGUUCGGAGAAAAACGCACCAAGAGUCUCAUCCCUUUAACCCGGAAAUAUGAUGGGAAGAACUCGGACAAGGCUCCUUUAGUCAACACAUCUAAAAUCACCACCACAGUAGGACUAAAUAUUGGUCGAAUCGACACUCAUGGCAUAAGGUUAAACUUCUGGGAUCUGGGCGGACAAGAGGAGCUCCAAGCUCUUUGGGACAAGUAUUAUGCGGAAUGCCACGCCGUGAUAUUCACGGUCGACUCCCAUGACCGGGAGCGAGUGAGCGAAUCGAAGGCCGCUUUUGACGCCAUGAUUUCCAAUUCUAACAUUACUGGGGUACCUCUUUUGGUCCUGGCCAACAAACAAGAUCUUCCAGAAUCCAUGGGAGUGAGAGAGGUCAAGCCCAUCUUUCAGGACAAUGAUGAAAAAAUUGGAAAUCGCGAGUGCAUGGUACUGCCCACGUCCGGUCUCACGGGCGAUGGAGUGGUGGAAGGCAUCGAAUGGUUAAUCCAGUGCAUUCAAAGGAACGUGGUCAACCGACCCACGGGCAAUCAAGACAAUGAUUGAUUUGUAGAGGGAAAUUGCGGAAUGAUCAAGAUGUUUGUCAUGAUUACUUUAUUUUCAUCCGUGAUAACAAGAAAAAUGUUGGACCUUUAUUUUUUUGCCGAUUAAAAGCUGCACUUUGAAAAUGA